GGCAUGGAGUAAAGUUUAAUGUACCAUGUUUUCAAGAAGUUCAUACAUGUGGUCGAAUUUGCAACAAACCCCUUUCAAGUUGUUCACAUCAUUGUCAGCGUCAGUGUCACUCUGGUUCUUGUCUUGUUUCAGAAUCUAUUAGUCAAAAUGGUGGUGUUAUAUGUACACAAUUGUGUCAAAAACCUCGUCCAGAUUGUGGUCAUCCAUGUAAUCUUCCUUGUCAUGAAGCUGUUAAUCAAUCAUGCUUAGAAACUGCUACUAGACUAAAUUUAGGAACUCAGUUACUCUGUUCUACAAAAGUGGAUGUCACAUGUAUGUGUGGUAAACGCAAACAACGUCAACAUUGUCAUCAGGUGAUUCUUAUAUUUUUCUGUGUCAUAUAA